AUGUCUUUUGCUCGUCUUGCUGGCAAGACUGCCGUCGUCACUGGCUCCACCAUCGGUAUCGGCCAGGCCGUUGCCUUUGCUCUCCACGCCGAGGGUGCCCAAGUCGUCUGCGCCGACCUGAACGAGAGGAGACAGGGCAGCGACGACACCGACGUGCCCACCCACGACCAAAUCAACAACGCUGGCGGCAAGGCCAUCUUCGUCCAGACCGACGUGACCAGAGCCGACAGCGUGAAAAAGCUGGUCAAAGAGGCGGUGAGCCACUUCGGCAGGAUUGAUAUCUUCAUCAACAACGCUGGUGUCACCGGCCAGGACGGCAGUCUUGAGAUCGCCGAGGAUGCCUGGGACAGGAGUUUUGCUGUCAACGCCCGCGGCACUUCCCUUGGCUGCAAGUACGCCGGCGCCCAGAUGAAGAAGCAAGACAAGCUCCCUAGCAUGGACCGCGGCUGGAUCAUCAACAUCGCUGGCGUCCAGACCGGAUCAACGGGCGAGACUCCCUCGAAGCACUCCCUGGUCACCGACUUGACCGAAACCGUCUCCAACGAGCUCCGCAACCACGACAUCCACGUGAACGCCAUCUGCCCCGGCUAUACCAAGAUGUCGAUGCCGGAGAACUGGCAGGAGACCCAGGAGGCGCAGACAGCCCUUGCGAAGCUUCCGGAGGAUGUCGCCAAGAUGGUCAUCCAGUUGGCCACCGAAGAGAGCGGCUGGAUGGCCGGUAACUCGGUCUCGGUCGACGGUGGUAACUCCACCUUCUAA